GAAGAAGAAGAAGAAGAUAAAAGGCAACAUUCAGUGAAGAUCAUUUACAAUUCAUGAGUAUCCAUGACAUUGUGAUUAUAAAUAGAUCAUUAUUAUCUUGAUUAUUAUUAUUAUUAUUACCAAGAUUAUAAGUACUAGAAGUAUUUGAAGUAAAGGAUCAUAAAUGAAUUUAAUUUCAAUAUUUUCUUACAUAAUUGAUGAUUAUUAAUAAUAAAUAGAGCAAAUAUGUAUUUCAAUUUCUUCAUUAAUCUCUUAUUUACAUGGAAGUAUAUAACAUGUAUAAUAUAUGAUUUCCAAAGAUAUCCAUUUACAAAUGAUGAUAAUGAUGAUGAAUUUCAAAGUGAGUUAAUUAGACAAAACGAUUUCUUUAUUGGCUUUAAUGAAUCCUGGCCAUUAAGAAAUGUGAACGACUAUUUAGGGGUGGUAUCCUCUGUUAAAGCAACGGAUCAAUCCGCUUCAAAUGUUUACGUUUUACAUCGUGGUGAUCGAGUAUGGGAUCAAAAUACAUUUGAUGAUCGAGAUAAUUACCGUCUCAAUAAGUCUGAACCUAUACAAAAAGGAGUUUUAGUACAAAUCUUUAAUGGAGAGAUUAAAAGAACUUAUUUUCCUUUCAAAUUCUUCCUUCCUCAUGGGCUUACAAUAGAUCCUGAUGGAAAUUUCUGGAUUACAGAUAUAGCUUUACAUCAAGUUUUUAAAUUCUCGUCAAAUUUAUCAAGUGAACCACUAUUAACACUUGGUGAACGUUUUAAACCUGGUUCAAGUGAAAAUCAAUUUUGUAAACCAACGGACGUAGUAGUUUCUUCAAAUGGACAAGUUUUUAUCUCUGAUGGGUAUUGUAAUAAUCGGAUUGUGAAAUUUAAUGAAAAUGGAGAAUUUCUAAAAUCAUGGGGCUACGAAGCAAAAGAUUCAGAAUCUCCAGGACCAUAUGAUUUAAAUAUUCCGCAUCAGUUAUCUUUAUUGGAAGAAGAAGAUGCAAUAUGUGUGGCAGACAGAGAAAACAAACGUAUUGUAUGCUACAUAGCUGGUUUAUAUUCGACAACAUCAGAUAGUACCGGUGAUUAUCUAUUUGAGUACAAACAACCAGAGAUGAGAGCAAUCUAUGGCAUCGCCAUUGAACCUUCAACUAAAUUAAUAUUUGCUCUUGUGGGCUCUACACCUAAUGAAGAUAAUUCAUACGUGGAAAUUAUUGAUUUUAAUUCACAAGAGUUAAUUGGGGAAAUCAGAAAUCAAUGGAAAACAGGAUUCGGUAAUGUGCAUUCUAUAACAACAUGUCCAUACAACAAAGGAAUAAGUUGUAUACUAUUCUGUAAUACAAAUUUACCAUCACAACUAAAUCAGCCGGUAUUAUCAAAUCAAACUCAAAGAAUUAAAAGUAUUUCUAAAUAUCAAGAAGAUUUCAAUCAUGAACAAAUUGAACGACGUUUAUGGCUUUAUCAUUUACGAUUUAACUCUGAAUACAAUUAUUAGAUGAAUGAAAUCAUGUUAUCAAUGUUAUAAUGGAAUAGUAAUGAUAGUCAACACAAAUAUAUGAUUUAAACAAAUCAC